AAGUAGCGGCAUCACUGAUCGAGCUAGCUCGGAAGAGAAACCUUGCAUUGCAUCGCGAACCAUCGCCGUCGCGUCAGGGGAAACCAAGAAACCACAGCAAGCGUCGUUUGGGCAGGAGCCGGAGGGAGAGGGAGAGAGCGAGGUAGCGGCUAUGGUGAAGACGACGCGGGCGAGCGAUGACAUCGCGGCCGCGGCAGCGCACGGCGGCAAGAGGACGUACAAGGGCGUGCGGAUGCGGAGCUGGGGCUCGUGGGUGUCGGAGGUGCGGGCGCCGGGGCAGAAGACGCGGAUAUGGCUGGGGUCCCACUCCACCGCCGAGGCCGCGGCGCGGGCCUACGACGCCGCGCUGCUCUGCCUCAAGGGCUCCGCGGCCGCCGCCGACCUCAACUUCCCGCUCCGCCUCCCGUUCGACCUGCCCCCCGCCGCCAUGUCGCCCAAGGCCAUCCAGCGCGUCGCCGCCGCCGCAGCCGCGGCGGCCAGCAACGGCGGCGCGGACUUCGCGGCGUGCGCCGCCGCCGACAAUAAUGCCGACAGCGGCUGCAGCGGCACCGCCACCCCGGCGUGGAGCAACGGCUCGCCCAGCGACGCCUCCGCGGUCAGCUCCCCGGAGUCGACGUUGAGCAGCGAGAGUGAGCUCACGGCCCACUACGGCGACGGCGACGGCGACGCGGACUACUACAACUCGCUCGCGGACAUCGACGCCUUCUUCCAGUCGCCCAAGUGCAUGGAGUACGCCAUGAUGGACCCCUGCAGCGCCUUCUUCGCGCCGGCGCCGAUGGCGAUGGACGACGGAUGCUGGGAGGAGGAAGGCGACAUUGCGCUCUGGAGCUUCUCCACUUUCGACUGCUGAAGUGGCGUCAGAAAAGUGUGGAAGCAAUCCAGUUACUGACUAAUCGCCGAUCAAGUGACCAAAACUGGUCAUUGUUGGCACAAAAAGUAUUAAAGUAUAGUUAAAUUCUAUAUAUAUUUGAUAAAUUUAAUUCGAUGUAAACAAAUGUAAUAACCUAAUUAGUAAUUAUGCAUUGUAGGGGGAGCUCUCAUGGAGCUACAUGUUUUAAGGUAGUUCCCAUGGAGUUAACCUCUUUACAAUUGCUUGUUAUGAGUAAAGGCAGCUUUAUUACAAGCAUAUAAUUACACAAAAUGGCUUAUCAUCAUAA